CCCACGUGAAACAGUGGCCCAUUUAAUAAUCAUGUUUAUAACACUAAUUUCGGGAUUUAUUUUGUGAUUAGUGUUUAACAAAACCAAAUCACGAGCGAGAAAUCGACACUCAAAAUUUCAAUUUGAGCUCCACCGCCGCUCGUCUCCGCCACCACCUUACUUGAAUCACGGUCGGAGCUAACGGACACAACCGGACCCCCAAACCGAAGCCAUCCCAUCGGCCGUCGUUUCGCCGCCUUCAGCAAAAGUAUCCGCCGGCCGCGCGAAGUGGCCGCACAAAGAAGGAAUUCAGUUGUUCAAUCUCGUCCUCUACUUAGCUUGUAAGAAACUGAAUUUAAACUUCAAUGUAGUUAUUUUUCUAAUGUUAAUUGUAUUCAUGAGCACUUGGUGUUUUUAAUGCUUCAAGUGAAGAAGAACCCUAUCAGGUGAACAAACAACGAUAGGCUUUGAAUUUUUGCAAUGUGAUAGAACAACAUACACUCUCUUUUUUUUUGUUAAAAUAAUCUGUGCAAGAAGCGUUCACGAAUUCUAAUUUCAGGCAGUUUGAUUGGAUUGUUGAAAAUAUUUGGCUUCAUCAUGCUGCUUUACUAGGUUAUACGAUUAAACUUUAUUUGCGUGAUUACUCAAAUUUUGACUGUUUCGAAAUCAGGAAUUAGGAUGCUUUUAGUCUACAUAAAAAUAUGUAGAACCAAGUUGAAAAGAUUUGAUCUGUUUGCAAAAGUUGUAUUGUCAUUAAUAAUUGAAGUUAAUCUGUUUCGCAUUUGUUUUUCCACUCAAUGUCCUACGAGUUAACUCCAAAUUUCAGUACAUUUUCACGAAAUGAUUCAAUAUUUGUCCAUAUAUUUGAAUAGGUGCAAUGGCAGGGAGUUUAAUGCAGAUAUGCCAUACCUGUGGCAGCGGUCUUGGCUUUUCCAAAGAUGACACUGGCUUCUACUAUUGUGACUACUGCGGCUCACGAGCUGAGGGUCUUAUUGAAUCUGGCCUUGAUGAAAACGAGCUUUUCAACCGUUACUCUGCCAGUUGCAACAGAGUGCGCACUGUCAAUCCAACUGCUGCUGAACCUAUCUCUGAAGUAAAACUCACCACAUCUCAGCAUUUGGAUCAUCCUAAUAUUUCAACUGCUGGUAUGGAAGUUGUUGUGGGUGAUGGAGUUGGACCUACUGAACCAAGUGAUUUUGGCUCGUCCCAGAAGAAUUUUAGCUAUGACGAAUACUAUUCUGAGAUUAGAUCAAGAUAUUUGACAGGCCUUCAGGUCAUGGUCCAAUUGCAGUGUCAGGCUUUAGUUGAGAAGUUUAAUGUGAGCCCUGUAAUUAUUGGGCUUGUUGGACCUCUAUGGUUAAGGUUUGUAGCUUCAACUAGGAUUACGGCUGAUGAAUGGGCAGACCAGGCUGUUCAUGAUUCCGAGGCUCACACACAAGGGGAAGAAGAGUUCAACGCUGUGUCUACAUAUGGACCGGAACCUGUUAAUAUUCAUGGGAAGCGUGUAGUAUAUGUAUGGUAUAAAUCUCUUAGAAGAACAAUACCUGUAUCUUGUUCUUUAGCUAUCUCCUUCCUUGCUUGUCAUGUGGCUAGGGAGGCAAUUACGCCAUCGGACAUGCUGAAUUGGACCCUUGAAGGAAAGCUUCCUUAUUUUGCUGCUUUUGUUGAAAUAGAAAAGCAGAUUGGUUCUCACUCCGAGACAUGCCCAAUUCGUGUCAGUCGUAUGUUCAGACCUAUCAAACCCAUUUCAUCACAGAAGUUGGAGUCAAUGGCAGCUGAUGUUGCUCAGAAAAUUUGUCUACAGUUGCCUCCGGUGAACUUCUAUGCUAUUGCUUCCCGCUAUUUUAGGCAGUUAUCUCUUCCGAUUGGCAAAUUUCUUCCUUUGGCAUGCCGGAUAUGUGAAUGGUCGACUCCUCCUGAACUGUAUCUGUCAGCUAGUGAUCUUAGAAUUCCUACUCGUGCAUGUGUCAUGUCAAUACUGAUCGUGACAAUACGGGUUCUUUAUGGAAUAAAUGGUUAUGGAAUAUGGGAAUCCAGUCUGUCUAAUCCCUAUUGUUCAUCAUCCCGUGAUAAGAAUGAAGAUACUGAAUCUUUGAGCCAUGUAAAUACGAAUGUUGAUGAGGACUUAUCUUCCACCAAUUUUGAACCUUCUUAUUCUAAGUCAGAUGUUCUGGAUUCUAAAUUGAAUGUUAUGGAGCUUCUACAUAUUCUGGAAGCAAAGUAUAGUGAACUGGAUUAUAUGCAUGAAUAUUCCAACGACUUGCUGUCAUACCUCCAGUAUUGCAAGGAUGUAGUUUUCUCUGGAUUACAGUCAUCAAAUGAAGGUCCUUUAGAAAAAGAGUUGUUGGAGGAGUUCUGGGAUUUUUAUCAGAAUAACAAGGCUGCCGAAACAUCAGAUAACCAAAGCACUUGCAGUACAUCACAAUGUAGUGAUCGUGAUCAAGAUUCAGCGUGUGAAAAUCGACCUUCAAAGGAGUGCCCCAAAGAUAAGGCAAUAAAGCAGUUGAAGUUGGAUAUGGAAGAUAACAAAUUCUGCUAUAUUCCUCCGAGGACUAAGGUCAAGAGGAAAGACUAUCUACAUUAUGCUAGAAGAAGGGAAGACGUGUAUAUAUAUGCUGUUCAUGCUGAUUAUUACAUCUUACUCCGGUCUUGUGCUAAGGUUGCCCAAGUUGAAACCAGGAUCAUGCAUAUUGCAGUUUUGACUUUAGAGAGGAGAUUGCAAUGGCUCGAGAAGAGGGCCGAUUCUUCGUUGCAGAUGAAACUCAAUCUUAACGAUGCUUGCGGUUUCUGCAACAAUGAUUCUGUGCAAGACAUUGGGGAUGAUCCUAUGGAUUUAAGUCUUUGAUUGUUUGGGUUUCACUCCAUCGAUGCCGAGAGCCACGCUGAU